GCCCCAAAAGGCAGGAGCUGGGAGAGCGCAUCCCAGAGCAAGAUGGCCGCGGAUGAAGGCUCGCAGGACACCUUGCGGCUCCAGUUCAAGGCCAUGCAGGAGAUGCAGCUUAAACGGUUACAGAAGCAGAUGGAGAAACAGAAGGAAAAGGAGCUGAGCCUCCGCAGCACAGCCGACGACCCACAGGAGCCCUCAGAGACCUCCGGUGGCCUCAGCCCUCUGCAAGCCGGGGAGCAGAAUGCGAAAGACGGCUUCGAGCAGAGGGCGCUUGAAGACGAGGUGGAGCAGCUGCGCGGCCAGCUCCGGGAAACCGCGGAUGAGAACGGGCGGCUGUACAAGCUGCUGAAGGAGAGGGACUUCGAAAUCAAACACCUCAAGAAGAAAAUCGAAGAGGACAGAUUUGCCUUCACAGGGACAGCCGGGGUGGCGGGGGACGUGAUCGCCACCAAAAUCGUCGAGCUGUCCAAGAAGAACCGGGUGCUGAUGGCAGAGUCAGAGGGCGCGAAAACCAGAGCGAAGCAGCUGAGCAAGCGCGUCCAGGAGCUGGAGCAGGAGCUGCAGACGGCCCUGGCCAGGCUGCCGGCCAAGGGAGCCACCGAUGCAGGAGCCAGGACGCCGAGGGCCCAGGCGGGAGACAGAGCCUUGCCCGAGGCCCCCGAGGUGAAGGUCGCGCAGGACAGGCUGGCGGCCGCCAACUUGAAGAUGAGUGACCUACGCAACCAGGUCCAGUCUCUGAGGCAGGAGCUCCGGAUGGCCCAGAAGGUGCUGGCCAGUGAGGUCGGGGAAGAUGUGAGCGUCCAGCAGCUUCUGUCCUCACCGGGGACUUGGAGGGGCCGGGCUCAACAAAUUCUCAUUUUGCAGAGCAAGGUUCGGGAGCUUGAGAAACAGUUGGGACAGCCCCAGAGCCGGGCUGUGGGAACAGCCAGUGAUGAGCUGUCUGUCUGUCCAGACCCAAGGAAGCUGACGGCACAGGAGAGGAACCUGCUGAGGAUCCGCCUCUUGGAGAGGGAGAAACAGGAAGGCUGGGAGAAACUUGCCGGUGAGCGGGACGCCCUGCAGAGAGAGCUGGAGGAGCUGAGAAGGAAGUCCGAGGGCCUGAGGGCCCGGAACAAGGUGCUGGCCAGCGAAGCGAAGACCCUCCGGAAUCAGAUGGGGACCCUCGUGGAGAAGGGCCGGCACGACGACGAGCUCAUCGACGCCCUCAUGGACCAGCUGAAGCAGCUCCAGGAGGUCCUGGGGAGCCUGAGUCUGCAGGAGGAGAAGACACGCGCCUCCCAGCACCGCCUGGGCCAGCAGCUCAACAACGAGGCUCAGCAGAGCAGCAGCCUCGUGGCCCAGCUGCGCGCCAUGGUGGCUGAGCGGGAGGCCAAGGUGCGGCAGCUGGAGCUGGAGAUCGGGCAGCUCAGUGUGCAGUAUCAGCAGAAUAAAGGAGGGGGCGAGGGGUCCAGUGGGCCCAAGGUCAACCCCACGUACACCACGUUCCCGGAGGACCCGGGCCAGGCCAAGCCCCCGGCCUCAGCAGGCGACGGCGUCAGCAGGCUGGGGUCGUCCCGCUCCGUGACCAGCCUGGGCCACACGCUCGUGGAAUCUUCUCUCACAUGGCCUUCCCUGCCCAGUCCCCAUGGGGCCUCACCCAGGUUCUCGGACUCCCCCGAACAGAAAGGCUGGCAGGCUCAGGUGACGGAGUUCAAGGCUCUCUGGCAGGCCACCGAGGUGGAACGCGACCGGCUCACCGAGUUUGUCUCCGUCCUGCAGAAACGGGUGGAGGAGAGCGACGGCAAGCUUCUGGCGUCGGAGCGGAAGCUGCAGGAGGAGCGGCAGCGUGCCGUGGUGCUGGAGCAGCACGUGGAGAAGAUGCGCCUGGAGCCCGGGCGGGCGGCGGCGGGCUCUCAGAGAGCCGCUUCCCGCAGCAAAACAGGUCUGCCCGGCGCCAACACCAGGCACAACCCGAACGGGAGCGAGAGGAAAGACCCCCCUGCCAGCCAGCUCUCCAGCGUGCCCGUGGAGUCCCAGAUGGAGGAGCUGACCACCAGGCUGGCCAUCCAGGCGGAGGAGAAUGAAACGCUGAGGGCCGCCCUGGGCAGCGCCCUGCGGGGAAAGGAGGAGGACUUCCAGAUGUACCACGAGACCCUGGCCCAGGUGAAAAGCAUCUUCCUGCAGGCCCUGCGGCAGCAGAAGGCAGACAAGCACUAGGACGGCGGCCCAGUGUCACCCUGGCCAGAGGGGGCAGCCACCUUGGCCCCUGCUCCUGGAACAGGCUCCCCAAGGUGACAGAGCCGACCCACAGGCCAGGGGCGCAAGGCAGAAGCCCCGCUGGAGCCCUGGGGGAGCCCCUGGGCGGAUGAGGCUGCGGCAGGGAGAGGCCCCCGAAGCUGCUCAGCAGCAGCAGCUCACGUCUGGGGCAGUGAGCUGGCCGCGGACGGAUGCCGUCUCUCGGGCAGGGCUCAUCGCCCUUGUCCGAGGGCCCAGCUGGCGCCGCUGCGUGCCCACAUGACUUCUUCUGCCCAGGAGAGCCCUCCUGCUCUGGGCUGGGGGCAUCCCCCAGACCACUCAGCCCCGCACACCCCUCCCACCGGGCAUGCCCGAAGCCCUCACGGCUCCAUCUGAGGCCACCCGCGCCCUCUGCCGACCCGGGGGCACAGCACUCCCAGCUGCC